AUGUCAGGGACCUUUGGGGAGACCGGCCUCAGAGGCCUUAUCAACGGCUCCCUGGAUGUGGUUCGGGAUGAACCGGAGCAUCGUCUUGGCAACCUCGGGCUCUACGUUCGUUUGGUGGGCCAGCCGCCGAACGCACAGGAUCCGGGCGAUGGACGAAGCGACCGCUUUGUUGUUGAGGAGGACCAGAGACAGCGUGUGCGCCUGCACUGGAGAAGCCGCGAGGCAUCGGAGAAUGGCAGCUCUCGUGCCGCGUGGUAUGUUAGUAGCGCCUUCUCCCCUUGGGAGCCAACGGCCUCAGUUUGCGAGACGCUGGGAUGCGAGGCCGUGGAUUGGGUGUGGAGCGGUCUCAACGCGUCGAUUCUGUCGGUGGGCCUUCAGGCAGAUGUGGGUCACGUUCUCUUCUCCCCACCACGUGCUGCUGCUGGACAAGGUGCGGCCUCGCACGCCAACGUGAAGUGCUUCACCAGAGAUGGACUGUUGGGGUUCUGCAUGCGGGAGCUUUGCUGCCGGAUCGAUGCCGUAGACGCUGCCAGGUUUCGCCUUGGAUUCUCCAUGUGGGAGCUCGAUGGCGACGGUGUGAAGGACUACUUCGGAGAGCUCAAGGAGGAGGCGCAUCUUCCCUUCGGUCCGCUUGGCGUGGUCCGCUUUGCGACACCCGAGGAGGGACUCUCCUUGUGGGAGGCCUGUCAGUCGCCAGUGGAGCCGCAGGGGCCAAGUUCGCCAUCGACCCGAGGAAGCAGCCGCGAGAAGCAUGUGUUUGUCCGGCUACUGCUCCUGGACACCCAUAAGCGGUCUAUGGCCGCCUUGCAUUUUGUCCAGAUGGCCGAAUGGGACGGGACGAAUGGGGAGACGGCGAUCGGCCACGAGGCCGUCCCUGGCGACCGGUUUGCGACGAAAUCCAAGGCGCUGCAGGCCCUUCUGCGGAACCUUUCCUCGAGCUCGCAGCCAAAGGUGACCUCUGGAGCGCUACCACAGGCGCUUGCGCCGCUCAUCGGAGGAAACUGUAAGCCGUUCCUUCUCUGCACCGUGCCGGAGCAACCUGGCAAAGUCUUUCCGGAGGUUCGCGAUCUCCUAGACGUGGCCGAGCGUGCCUCCCUGCUAAUCACCGCUCAGUGCAAGCGAGUGCAGGGCCUCCCGGCGGAUGCAUUCCGCCUGGCGGACGCAAGUCAAGGGUUGCUUUGCAGGACUGCCGCCAGAGCUCCGCGUGCAGACGAAGGCUUUUCCCUUCCACGGCCGGCUCACAGCCCACAGAGGAGAGAACCUACCACGGCUUUUGACAUACCUCCUGCUCUUCGAGGUGUGCCUCCACCACCGAGCCCUCGGCACGAUCUCUCCGAUGUGGUGAGAUUCGAGAGGCCGGCAUCAGCGGGUGCCUCUCCCGUUUCGGAUGCCCGCAGCCCCUGCAAAGCCGAGAGUCCCAGGCCGCAUCCUGCCGGUCAAAGCCCCGGUGCUGGCGACGUUGAUCGGGAUUCUCCUGCAGGACCCGUGCCGUCUCAAGCCCCUGCAGCGGGCGAAUCACAGCAGGCACAUGCAGAACUCGCUGCUGCGGUGGCUGCCCUCAGGGCAAAGAACCGGGCGAAGGCAGAGCGGCGGCAACGUGAUUUGGCCAACAUCCAUGCUGAAAGCAGGGCGAUCCUGCAGGAGAUCGAGGGCAUCGAAGAUACCACCGAAGCAGCACCACUUCUUCAGGCCUUCCGUGGCGAGGUGGCGUGUUUGCGGAAGCAGGUUGAAGCAAUGAAGAAGGCCAAUGCUUUCCUGGCCGGCUUGCAUGGUGAGGACAAGAGAUACGCGGCACAGAAGGAAGCCUUGAAAAUGCUGCAGCAGGAGGCUUCCCAGCUGCAAGCCUCGCGAAAUGCCUUGGAGAAAGGAGAAAAGCGUGCGGGCUUGGUGCAGCGAUGCCUCGAAGAGGUCCACUCCAGGUUGAACCUGGCCAAGAAGCGUAAGUUGGAGGCUGAGCAAGAAAUUUCUCGGCUGAGACCGGCUUACUCUGAGCUAGGUCGGCAGCUGGACGUUGCGGAAACGGAACGCCGGUGGCUGCAGGGAGAGCUGGACAAGAUGAGGCAGACUGCGAGCGGCCUCCGCACGGAAAUCUCGCAGUUGCUGGAGGUUCGUGGCGCCAUCAAUGCACUUCCUCCGCAGGAUGUCUCAGCGCGGCGCAAGAACACGGGCUUCGGAGGAAGCCUGGAGCGAUUUGCUGCCUUGCAGCGGCGCCUUGCAACCGCCGCUCCGCACCUAAUGCCACUUUGCACCCGUGCGAGAAACGAUAUGGAGGAGCUUGUGCAAUGUUGCCAGAAGCUUGAAGAUCGGCAGCGCCGUCUGCAACAGGUAGCGCCGCAGUGCGGUGUACCACUUCUUAGCGAAGCAGAUGGACAGGUGAAUGCAGAAGCCUCCGUCGCCUCGCGGAAAGGCGCGAACAGCAGUCGGAGAGCCGUGAGCAGCGAAACGUUGGACCGAAGUGGCAGCGGGCCUUUCGGCGACAUGCUUGGGCAACAGAGGCAGUCGCAGCGAUUGCAGCGAUCGCCUUACAGCGCGGAAACGCUGGGAGCAAGGUCAGCGCGCUCUUCUGCAACGGGCACCCCAGGAGCUUGGAGGCCGACUUUCGCCUCUCCUUCUGCUUCCACGCUCGGCGCCGGGCUGCGGGAGGCGGACAGAUACACCAUGCACAGCGAUGAUGGGCAGCCGGAACAGGGCCCCGAAUCCUCUCCAAGCUCCAGCUGUAGCAAGAGAUAUCAGGACCAAGGCUCUCAGGCCUCCCUUCGAAAGCGAAGUUCCGGUAUCCGCAGCACAGCAGGCACGUUGCAAGAUUUGGGAAUUCAAGUCCCGCCGGGGCAGGCCUCUUAUGUCCAGGUACACUUGGCGAAAGCGAAAGCGGCAGUCCCGCGCGCAACUCCUGGCUGGAACUCCGCGAGGACCCGCGUCUCCAAGAGCUAA